AUGUCAGCAUCAGCAUUCAGACCGGGUGCACUCGCGCUCAUCAGCGGCUCUGCAUCAGGCGUAGGAUACGCCUUUGCAGCCCAUUGUCGGCGACAAGGCAUGAACCUGGCUCUCUUGGACAUAAACAAGGAAACCCUGUCAAAAGCCCGAUCCGCACUGGAAUCAAUCGACUCGCAAGGCAAAGUGCAAACCUACCCCCUAGAUGUCUCCGACCACUCUGCAUGGCUGUCCGUUCGCGAGUCCCUCUCCACAGACUUCCCAUCCAACAAGGGCAUCGACUUCCUGCUCCUCAACGCCGGCACGUCCGUGAAGCCCACAACCGCCCAACCCUGGGAAGACAUCGCCUAUUUCCAGAAAACGCUGAACACCAACCUGUUCGGCGUGAUCAACGGCCUCAGUGUCCUCAUUCCUCUGGUCCAGAAAUCCACCGGCCCGUCUGCAGUCGUCCUAACAGGCAGCAAACAAGGCAUCACCAACCCGCCUGGCAAUCCGGCGUACAACGCUAGCAAAGCCUCCGUGAGGUCGCUUGCCGAGCAGCUGAGCCAUAGUCUCCGUACACAGGGCAACCCCAGCUACGCGCCGCAUGUGACAGCGCACUUGCUCGUCCCCGGUUGGACGUUCACGGGCCUCAGCGGGAAUGCGGGCCCGGUGAGCGACGAGGUUGCGCGCGAGAAGAAGCCCAGUGGUGCGUGGCUUGGGUCCCAAGUGGCUGAGUAUGGUGUUAGGAAGAUUGAGGAGGGCAAGUUUUAUGUGAUUGUUCCCGACGAGGAUGUCGAUGAGGCGCUUGACCAGGCCAGGGUUACCUGGGCGGCCGCGGAUAUUACGGAGGGCAGGAGUGCGUUGAGUCGCUGGGAUGAGACGUGGAAGGAGAAGGCUGCCGGCUGGAUUAAGGAUGAUGCGGAGAAGAGGAGGAAGUAG